GAACUUUUACAUUACCAGCCUAUUCAUUCAUUUAUCCCACUUUUUUUACUCUUUCUCCCUCAUUCUUUCUCUCUCACUCUUCAAAUUUCAAGUCUCGUGUACAAGAUCAUGUCCGUGUUUACCCUUGUUAUUUUUAAUGAGACAAAAAAAUUACAUGCCGUAGAGGCAGUUGUCGAUGUAUAAAAUAGUGGGUGCUCUAGUGUCUCAGUCAAUCUCUUAUCAAAGUUGAUUGUGUGCUCUUCACCUACACUUUUAUCCAUUCACCAAAGGAUUAACCAUCGACCAAGAUGAAGGGACAAAUUCUUGUGUGUCUGUGUGUGGUAGUUUUUGCUGCUCUGGUCUCCGCCAGUGAGGAUGACGCUGAGGCAGGUCGUCUGCUAGCAGCACUGAAACCAGACGCCGCAGAAGAUAUGGAUGUCGCUGAAUCAGCCUACGGCGGAUACGGAGGUUACGGAAGAGGAUACGGAGGCUAUGGAGGAGGAUACGGAGGCUAUGGAAGAGGAGGACACGGAGGAUAUGGAAGAGGAGGAUACGGAGGUUACGGAAGAGGAGGAGGAUAUGGAGGAUAUGGAGGGUAUGGAAGAGGCUACGGAGGAUAUGGAAGGGGAGGUUAUGGAUAUGGCAGAUAGAUUUCGUCACAUCACACUUCCUUCAUCUUGAACAUCCUUAUCUUCAAUAUUUAUUA